AUGCCUUCCACUCCUCUUUCCUAUCCCGCCCUGAAAUGUGUUCUGGAGAAUUUAGAAGCUGUUAAACGAUUUCAAGUUGUUUCCCGUUCCCCUUCCCUCAAGAAAGUCGACAAGGCGAUUCCUCUUCGCAUAGAGCUGCUUAAAAACCAUGGAAAAAAAUGGAGUAUCAACGGUUUGCAACUUGUUGAAUAUGGUUAUGAAUAUUGGCUCGAAAACUCAAACAAAAAGAAAAAAGAAUACAGUCGGGUACCAGAAGAUCCUAUCAGUUUCCCGCUUAAGAAACUGUGUACCGAGAUAGUCGGACCUUCAACAUUCGACCAUCCGGUUGUCAAGUCCGUAGAAAUUCUUAAAAUACGUUCAACUUUCGAAGGACCAAUUAAUAACCUGGAAUGUAUUAAGAAGCUGACCAAUCAGACCAUCAUUUUCACAAACUUGGAAUGGACAAUUGGUGAUACUAUCGAAAUUGUGGAAUUAGUUCGAUAUUUGGUAGAAAAACCGGAAGAGAUCAAAACGGAUUAUAUAAUUUUAACAAAUCGAGAGUCAUACCUUUCGGAAACGUUUUCCAAGUUAGAAAAUGCAUUUGGUCAGUUUAUAGAUGAAUUGGAGGAAGUUAAAGAAAGAUUUAUCAGCGACCAACCGAGAUUCUCCAUCCCUACAAACUCUAAUUCUAAUCUUCACAUCUAUGGAGUCGAUAGAACAGGACAUAUGCUAUAUCCUUAUCAUAUUGUUAUCAAAAAGAGCUCCGCCAUUUAA